AUGACUUACAUAACUAUCGGUGCUCAUAUUAUUAAUCGUCUGAAACAAGUUGGUAUUGAUACUGUGUUUGGCGUCCCUGGUGAUUUCAACAUGCCUUUAUUGGAUUUAAUUGAGGACGAUGUAGAAUUAACUUGGGGUAACAAUGCCAAUGAAUUGAAUGCUGCGUAUGCUGCUGAUGGCUAUGCCCGUGUCCGUGGUAUGGGUGCCAUAGUAACCACGUUUGGUGUCGGUGAGCUUUCUGCUGCCAAUGGUAUCGCUGGAGCUUAUACUGAAAGGGUACCUGUAAUUCAUAUUGUCGGCUCUCCUCAUACUAACUCGCAAGCAAAAGGUGCCUUGCUACAUCAUACUCUUGGAAAUGGUGAUUAUGAUGUCUUUCAUAAAAUAGGUGCCAUGUUGACGAUUGCCUCCACAAAACUGACUCUCGAAAAUGCAUUAACCGAGAUUGAUCGUGUCAUCGAAGCUGUCUUUAUAAACAAGCGUCCUGGAUAUAUCAAUGUUCCUAUUGACUUGAUUGAUGCUCUUGUUAAAACACCUUCAAUAGUCGCUCCACUUCAAUUAUCACUUCCCAAAAACCCAGAAAAUAUCCAAUCCAUCGUCAUUAAUCAGGUGUUGCGAGCAAUAACCGAAGCCAAGCAUCCUACUAUUAUUGUUGAUAACACUGUUCAUCGUUACGGACUUUUGGAGGAGGUCAAUGCUUUUAUUAAACGGUCUGGAUUUCCUACUGUUUCUACGAUGCUUGGUAAAGGUGCUGUGGAUGAAUCACUUCCUAACUAUCGUGGGAUCUAUAACGGAUCAUUUACUUAUGAAGGUGUUAAAAAUGAACUUAAAGAUACCGAUCUAUUAAUCGAAAUUGGCUCCGUAAAAUCUGACUUAAAUACCGGAAACUUUUCUUGUGGGUUUGCUAAUACAAGUCUCAAGACAAUUACUUUGGAUAUUUCUAGUACCAUCAUCAACCAUUCUGAAUAUGGUUGUGUUGGAAUACACGAACUAUUACCUCUCCUAACUUCCGCUCUCCCUACCAACAAGAAUCCAAUUAUGUUUUAUCCUCGGGUUAUGCCAGAUCCCAUUGAUACCAGUUGUAAUGAUAUCACACACAAUUACCUUUGGAACAAGAUUCCUGAAUAUCUUGCACCCAAAAGUAUUAUCGUUUCUGAAACAGGAUCUGCUGGGUUCGGUGUAUCCAGCGUUAAGAGUACAAAGGGUACCAUCUAUAUUAAUCAGCUUUAUUGGGCUUCCAUUGGUUAUUCUGUUGGUGCCGCUGUUGGUGCUGCCUUUGCAGACCGUGACCGUAAGGUUUAUCUCUUUGUAGGCGAUGGGUCCUUUCAAUUAACUCUUCAAGAAGUCUCAGUUUUUAUACACCAAGGUCUCACACCUGUUAUUUUUCUCUUAAACAAUGACGGAUAUCUUACGGAAAAGUUAAUCCAUGGUCCUGAGCGUAAAUAUAACAACUUUCAAAUGUGGGAUUAUAGUAAAACAUUGGGGUACUUUGGUGGGCAUUUGGAAACAAAUAAAACCAAUGGAAAGAGCCCUUCUGAAAUUGGACUGGAGUCUAAGGUUACUAAUCGUCAAGAAUUUGAGGAUGCUAUGCAGUCUGUCUGUCAGCAACCUAAUAAGAUUCAUUUCUUGGAACUCGUUAUGCCUGAAUUUGAUACUCCUUACGAACUCUCUCAAUAUUGUGUCACAUCUGAAAAUCGAUAG